CUGCCACCAGUGAAGCAGCAUGUGGUCAGCCAGGUGCAGGAGCAGGCUGAGGCCAUGCUUGGCAUGUCCAUGACAUUUACUCUCUUCGAGUGGGUCAAGGAAAAUGUCACAGACCUCAUGGAGCAACAGACUUUGGCCCCUGUGAUGGCGGAGGUCACCGAGGAGGUGGAGGAGCUCAGUAUAACACAGGACGGUCCUGGUCGGAAGGAGAAACGGGAGCAGCUAUCGAAGCAGCAGAAGCGGCGCGCCUGGGACCGCGCGCAGGCCGGCGGCGCCGGCGAGCGCGCGCGCGGCUGGGAUUGGGUCGACAUCAUCCGCCACCUCUCGCAGACGGCGCCCAGUUAGCGCCGGCCCGGCUAGAGACUGGCUUCGACCAGUAUUGUCUCAGUCCUGAGCUGUUGACGAGUCAGGACCAGGGGCGGUUUUACGGGCUAUUGACAGACGGCCCCCAGCAGACUCCAGCGGUGCCCGGACACCAUCUGUGGCUGGUCACGACGGUCAACAGCGCCACUCCGCUAAUGUCUUGGUGAACGUGUGCCGCUUGGGUUGGAAUGGGGGCGUGGGGUGGCGAGCUAGGAGAACGCUCACCAACCACAAAUCUAGAUUAUCAUGCGCUGAUGCGGUGGGGGUCGGCCUGCAUGGGGUCGCUGUGGAGGGCGCCGGGCACAACUCAGCCGGGAGAACGGAUGGAUGGGAAUGCCCCAUGCUUCCAGAGCAGCGGGGGGCUUGUUGGUGUCCUGUCUUGCAUCCAUAUGUGCUUGCAGAGUCCGUAGAGUUCUGUGAAACUUGAGUUUGGUAUUGUAUGGGGAUUGUCCGCGGGCCUUGUACUUCAGCGCAGGAACGUGGUGCCCUCGGGCGAGCUCGCUGUUGAUGGUGUUGUUAUAGGACGAUAUUGAUGCUUUGUACAACUGACAACACUGUUUUGCUGUUUGAUGCCAGGAAUACAAAAUAAUGCUAUUU